AUGUCCCCGGCACCAGAUGACAACCAGUCCAACCGACAGACGAGAUAUUUCGAGCUCCCAGCAAAUGGCGAGCACAGCGCCCCACUACCAGACGAACUUCCGCCCUACGAAGCGCUGGCAGAAUUAGAAGCCACGACAACCAGCCGUGAAGAUGGACGAAUUGACAUCGAUCUUAGUUCAAGAAUAGCUCGGCGCCUGUCGAAACUAGUUCCCUCAGGAAAACCUCCUGUUUCCUAUGGACAGGAUCAACCGCCUGCAUACACCGAGACAAGCGAAAAGAGCAUCCGUCUCAACAUCGUCAUUCAAGUUGUUGGCAGUCGAGGCGAUGUGCAGCCAUUCGUCGCGCUGGGUACAGAAUUACAGCGCCAUGGCCACCGAGUGCGACUCGCGUCACACGGUCAAUUCGAUAAAUUUGUGAGAGAUUCUGGUCUUGAGUUCUUUUCCAUCGGCGGUGAUCCCGCUGAGCUGAUGGCCUACAUGGUCAAAAACCCUGGUCUCUUCCCUAGCAUGAAGACGCUACGUGGAGGCGAAAUCCAGCGAAAACGCAAAAUGGUGGAUGAAAUGUUGCAUAAGUGCUGGAGCUCUUGUAUUGAGCCUGAUGAACUUACAGGACGACCCUUCGUCGCAGAUGCAAUCAUCGCGAAUCCUCCUAGCUUUGCGCAUAUUCAUUGUGCGCAAGCACUUGGUAUCCCAUUACAUCUGAUGUUUACGAUGCCGUGGACGAGCACGAGAGAAUUUUGUCAUCCGCUUGCGAAUCUCAGGGCCAAUGGGAGUGAUAUGUCGGCGACAGCUGCGAAUUAUGUGUCGUAUUCAUUGGUUGAGUGGAUGACUUGGCAAGGUGAAGGACCUUGUUUGACGGAGACUUUGGGCGUUCCAGUCACAUACUGCUGGUCUCCUGCUUUGGUCCCCAAGCCAGCCGACUGGCCUGAGAAUAUCGAUGUCUGCGGUUUCUUCUUCCGCGACACCCCAAAAUAUCAACCCGAACCAGCUUUGCAGCAGUUCUUGGCCAGUGGUACGCCACCGAUAUAUAUCGGCUUUGGCAGUAUUGUAAUCGACGACCCCGAAAAGUUGACAGCGACAAUUCUAGAUGCUGUUCGUGCUACAGGGACGCGAGCGAUUGUUUCUCGAGGAUGGAGUAAACUUGGAGGUGAUUCAGCUGGUGGCGAUCAAGUCUUCUUUCUGGGAGACUGUCCGCACGAGUGGCUAUUCCAGCAUGUUACUGCAGUGAUUCAUCACGGAGGAGCCGGCACCACGGCUUGCGGACUUCUUAACGCGAAGCCAACUACCAUUGUUCCCUUCUUCGGAGACUUCGCUGCUUGUGCUGACAUGGUGGAUAGUCAACCGUUUUGGGGAAAUAUGGUCCACGCUGGUGGUGCAGGUCCAGCUCCCAUUCCCUUCAAAGCUUUGAAUAGCAGCAACCUCGCUGAAGCUAUUCUGUUCUGCUUAACACCUGAAGCUUCAACAGCUGCACGACAAAUCGCCGAUAAGAUGUCAUCCGAAGCUGGUGUAAGGCGAGCCGUGGCAUCCUUCCAUGCGAACCUACCUCUCAACAAAAUGCGAUGUGACCUCUUACCCAAUCGUUCUGCAGCAUGGCUUUACGACAGGAAGGGCAAGAAGAUAAAACUGUCCAAGGUAGCUGCUGAGAUAUUAGUCGAGAGUGAGAAGGUGUCGUGGAAUAACCUCAAGGCUUACCAAUCGCAACCAGUUCAUAUCGAGAACCGACGCUGGGAUCCGUUGACUGCGACACUUGCGACGCUCGCCACGACGGGAGUUGGCAUGGUAACAUCAGCCUCUGACAUCGUUGUCAAGCCCAUCCAAGCUCUACGACCAGUGACCCCAAGCGGCAGUAGAUCAGCAAGUCAAGAUCGAUCAGGUGAACAAUCAAAACGCCCCUCGGAGGAUGAUGUCUUCGGCAGACCAGCAGGCCUGGACCUCCCCCCAGCACCAACAGCAACCAAAGAUAAAGAUCCCCAACACGGUGCCCUCGCAGCCGUCAAGGGCUCAGCUUCAGGCGUAGGCGGUUUCUUCAAGCACUACUCCAAAGGCAUGCUUCUCGACCUCCCCUACGCCGUAACAGAAGGAAUGCGCAACGCGCCCAAACUCUACGGCGGCAAAGCCUACGACCCCGGCGCCGUGACAGACUGGAAGUCAGGCGGUAUAGCAGCUGGAAAGAACUUUGCACAUGGAAUGGUCGAGGGAAUAGGCGGUAUAGUGUUAGAGCCUAUGCGGGGGGCGAAGAAAGAGGGCGCUGCGGGUGCGGCGAAGGGUGUUGGUAUUGGACUGUUGAAUUUGGGGACAAAGGUUGGUUCUGGGGCUAUUGGGUUGUUUGCGUUGCCGAGCCAGGGUGCGUAUAUGAGUGCGAGGGCGCUGGUGAAGAGGAAGACGGGGAGGAGUGUUAUGGAGGCGAGGAAGGUUGAGGGGAGGGAUGUUGUAGAGAGAAGUGAUGAUGCAGAACGCGAGAAGGAUAGAACAGUGGUGCUAGAGGGGUUUGAGGCACUGAUGAGAGAGACUAAGAAAUAG